AUGGAUCCUCUAAGCAUUUCAGCGAGCAUCGCAGGAGUUGCUACAGCGGCCUUCCAGAUUAUAGGUUAUUUGAGUUCAGUUGCAUCAGGAGGAAAAGACCGUCUGUCCUUGUUGAAUGAGAUCACUCAUUUAUGGUUGACUAUCACCGCCCUCCAAACUCAACUCGCCGACACUCAGGGACAGGAUGCGAUCCCUCAAGAACUGCAAUCAUUAUUCGCCGUCGACAAUGGAAUUAUCAAAGAAAUCGAAGAUCUCGUUAAUGAGCUCAACACCAAGCUCAAAUCCAGGUCCGGAUAUGGAAAAAUCAAGCAGACGCUUAUAUGGCCACUCACGGAAGCGGAUGUAUUGAAAGUCGUUGAGAAGAUUCACCGAAUGCAGCAAACUAUACAGUUUGCAUUGUCGCAGAUCAAUCAUUCUAUGACUCGGGACAUCUUACAAACCACCCUGGCGGUAAAGGACAUAGUCGAUGAAACUCAACUGAAGGAGAUGAUUGAUUGGCUCUCUUCAUUGAACUUUAUUGCAAAGCAACAACUGCUUUUUAGGGAACACCACGAGGGCACCUGUAAAUGGUUUCUUGAUCACGAGGACUUCCGUGAAUGGAUUGAGCAUGAGAAUGGCGUCCUGCUCUGUCCAGGGAUUCCUGGUGCUGGAAAGACUUUUCUGUCGUCGAUCGUAAUAGAUGAGCUGGAUAAUAUGCGUCGAAGCAACACAGAACCAGUAAAAGAUGCUGCAAUUCUGAUGCUCUAUUGCAAAUGGGACGAUGCGCAAUCACAGUGGAUAGAUUCAUUGCUCGGGAGUCUACUCAAGCAAAUUGCUCAACGAUACGGUGUGAAGUCGAAGGAUACGCUCAAGAUGUUCAAAAAACACAGCGGCGCACGAACUAAACCCAGCCGCGAGGAAUUGAUAACGGUGCUGUGCCAGGAGUUGAAGAAUUUCCCACGGUCGUUUAUCGUCAUUGAUGGGCUGGAUGAAUUGCGGGAAGAGGAUAAACGCUUGACGUUGAUCGAAAUUCUAACCUCACUGGAAGCUAAAGUCAAUUUAAUGAUUACGUCACGACCUUUGGAGAAUAUAGUCCGACAUUUUGUCCAUGUGGAUCGCGGGAUCUAUUGCGACCAGUGUAAUGCACGAGACCUUCCCUAUCAAUAUCACUGCUACGAGUGCGACGACUCCAACUAUGAUAUCUGUCAGAAAUGCAUCGACGACGGCAAACAAUGCAGCGGUCAAGCGCAUUCCCUUAUCAAGCAAUUCACCAGCUUCCGGAUAGAAGUCGCUGCCGUCGAGGAAGAUUUACUUACCUACGUGGAAUGGCGUAUCACGACUUCCGCAUUUUUGCAGAAAUGUAUUGCCCUAAAAGAAGGAUUGAGAGAGAAGAUUAUAAGUACGGUUGUGAAUGAAAAUGAUGGAAUGUUCCUUCUCGCUAAAUUCAACAUGGAUACAUUAACUUCAAAACUAAGGCCCGGAGACGUCAUAGCGGCUCUGGAGGUGCUGCCAAAUGAGCUUGAUGGAACAUUUACGGACGCGAUGGGGCGAAUCUCCGAUCUAUCUUCGAAUCAUAGAGAAGUGGCAAUGGACUUUUUAAGAUGGGUAGUCUUUGCUGAGGAGCCAUUGCACGUUGGUGCUAUCGAGCAUGCAAUUGCUGUGACGGAAAUGGACGAAGACAUCAAUCAAGAUUUCAUCAUUCAGGCUCCAGUUCUUGCGUCGAUGUGUGCCGGCCUGGUACAGUUCGAUGAAUCAGACUGUGUUCGACUAGUUCAUUAUUCAGCACAGGACUUUUUCCGGCGCAAUUGGCAACAAUAUUUCCCCGAAGGGCGUGAUAAGCUGGUGUCCGUCUGCUUGACAUAUCUUUUAUUUGAUCCAUUUAAGAAUGGAGCAUGCUCUGGACCCACCGAGCUGACUGACUUUGAUGAACGAGUUGAAAAAUAUCCAUUGUUGGGAUAUGCGGCCAAGAACUGGGGUAAGCUUAUUUCUCAAACUUCCCGGGAUGACCUUUGGGAGCGCGCUCGAAGAUUGCUCCAUGAUCAAGGCUGUUUCGCAUCAUUGACGCAAGCCUUGUGGUACCUGGACGAUGAAGACCAUUCAAGUUGGGCUGGGAAAGAUGGUAGUUCUGCCUUACAUCUUGCUUCUCAUUUGGGCCUAACCAAACUGGUGGCCGAGUUUGUUAAAGAAGGCGUCAAUCCAGAUGUCAAAGAUGCGAAUGGCGUAACACCUCUCAUGCUCGCAGCAGACCAUGGCAAUGUGGACGUUGCAAAGGUCCUUAUUGAGGCCGGUGCCUCUGUCAGUAGCGUCGAUAAUACUGGACGCUCUCUGCUUUAUAAGGCUACGGAACUAAAUGAAGUUGCGUUUGUGGAAUUACUUAUCAAACAGAAGGGUAUUGAUGUGAAUAUCACGCAUCCAAGACAAAGUGACUUGACUCCCUUGAUCCUUGCAGCCAUGAAUGGCUGUGCUGAGAUUGUCCAGUUAUUGGUGUCUGUGCCACAGCUUGAAAUCAACAAAUCCUGCUCCGAUCCUCCAGGCGCAACUGCUCUAGUUCAUGCAGCCAGUGCUGGUAUGAUUGACUGUGUCAAGAUUCUCCUCGAGCAGCCAGGAAUCGAUAUCGAUUUGCAGGAUGAGAGAGGCUCAACCGCUCUCUUAUAUGCAUCGAAAAACGGGUAUACGGAUGUCGUCGAAGCGUUACUGGAGAGAAACGCCGACACCGAAGCUUUGCAAUACGGCACAGAAGGGACAGCACUCAUGCGAGCAAUUGACUGGAAUGCCAUUCCGGUCGUUGAAUUAUUACUCAAAAAGGGUGCAAAUGUACAUGCCAGGGACUGUUUUGGUCGAGGUACACUUCAUAGCGCAGCGUGCAAUGGUCGCUCCGAAAUCAUCAAAAUUCUACUGGAGUUCGAUCCCACAUUGGACGUAAACAUGCAGGAUGUAAAUGGUAAAACGACAUUACACGAUGCGGCUCGACUCGGGCUCGACGACACAGCUCGAGUACUGUUGGAUUAUGGUGCUGAUCCAACAAUCAAAGACAAGUUUGGCCGGACACCAAUUCGUGUUGCACGUGAGAUGAACGAGAAUGGUAUCUUGCAAAUGCUUCGAAGCGCCAGACGACAGCGGGAAGAAGAAAUGAAAGUUAGUGAGGAUGUGCUUGAUUUAAGUUCACCCAAACGGACUGAUACCGGUACAAUAAUUCAACCUCCGCACCGGACGAAUACGGAAGUAUCCGUUGACAGCGAACCUCUUGCCCUCUGGGCGCUGGCCAGCGCCAAUCUCACCGACGAGGUAACCGAACGUUUGUCCGAAGAGUUAGAUGAAGAUAUCAAUGGCAAAGACCCAGAUAUAGGCGAAACAGCUCUCCACUACGCCGUCACUAACAAUAACGAAGAAAUGACGCGCCAAUUAAUAUCCCGCGGUGCUGAUGUCAAUGUUACAAACAACUACGGACGGACACCAUUGCAUCUGGCAGCAUUGUAUGCCAACUACGAAGCGGGAGAAAUCCUUCUGGAUGCCGGUGCCAAUAUCAACGCACUCGAUCAAUGGGGUGCUACGGCGCUGGAAAUAUGUCGCGCAGGAUCUCAAAGGUCCCUCAGCAUCUUACUGAUUGAGCAUGGUGCGAAAUUGACCGAUGACACACUUACUCUUAACGCGUUCCUGGAGUUGGCCGUGAUUCACGGCAGUGCUGAGGCAGUUAGUCGGCUUGUGGCUGCCGGAGCAGAGCUGUGGAAAAAGGAUUGGUAUGGUAGGACUCCGUUCAUGAUAGCUAGGAGUUAUGAACGUGAAGAUAUUGCGGCUUUGCUAUUGGAGUUAGGAAAAACGAUUGCUGUGUCAAAUGCUUCUUUGAAGUCUGCAUCAACGGAUGACAGUUCUUUGACGGAUAUGACUGGUGAUACCGACCAGACAUCUCUGAUGGAUGCUGAAGAUGAUUCUGUCAAAUCGGAGUUUAAAGCCAACGAGGAUAGCCCAACGUCUGAGCAGACAGAGGCAGCUGAACCAAUUUCAUCGGAAGUCAAGAUCGGCGAAGUGGUACCCGAAGUGGUACCCGCAGCGUUGACAACAAAUUCGAAGGGUGUCUCACUGCAAACAUAUAUUCCUACAAUUGCUUCUGCCGUUUUUGUUCUGGUUGUUGCUUUCUUUGUGGCCCUGAUGAGACGCCAUCAAGAUAUUUAAACAUUAUUCACACAUGCAUAUACCCGCAUAUACCCAAUGCCUUCGAUACCCAUCCUUUCCAUGUACAUAACCUGAUUCACCUACUACGAUACUAUUAGAUUUGUAUGUUGGAAGUUAUUGGUCAUGAUAAGUGAAACUGUGAAAUAUUAUUCGUUUUAUUUUCGC